AAUUACUACUAUACAUUACAAUGUCAAAGUAAAGUGUGUUCACAACAAGUUGAUGGGUCGGCGAAGGAACCAGAACAACAACGAGGAGGAGGCUAACGUCAACAGCAUCGAGGAAGCCAACGUCAACAUGAACCACCUUCGAUUCCAGGAUGCUGAUGACGAGGUUAUUGAGGAUGUCGCUGAAACCUCAAAUCUCGACCAAUCCAUGUGCGACGACCCUGACGAUUCCGAUGACAAAACCAGCGCCGAUUACUACUUCGAUUCCUACUCUCACUUCGGAAUUCAUGAAGAAAUGUUGAAGGACACUGUAAGAACAAAGACAUACCAAAGUGUUAUUUAUCAGAAUAAGUUUUUAUUCAAGGAUAAAAUAGUUCUUGAUGUGGGUGCUGGCACUGGGAUUUUAUCUCUAUUUUGUGCUAAAGCUGGGGCUAAACAUGUCUAUGCUGUUGAGUGCUCCCAGAUGGCUAACAUGGCAAAGGAAAUAGUUGAAACUAAUGGUUACUCUAAUGUUAUAACAGUUUUGAAGGGAAAGAUUGAAGAACUUGAACUUCCAGUUCCUAAAGUAGAUAUAAUCAUUUCAGAAUGGAUGGGAUAUUUCUUGUUGUUUGAGAAUAUGUUAAAUUCUGUACUUUUUGCACGUGACAAAUGGCUUGCGGAUGAUGGAAUUGUGCUACCUGAUAAAGCAUCCCUCCAUCUUACUGCCAUAGAAGAUGCAGAGUAUAAAGAUGAUAAAAUUGAGUUUUGGAACAAUGUAUAUGGAUUUAACAUGAGCUGCAUUAAGAAACAAGCCAUAAUGGAGCCUCUUGUUGACACGGUUGACCAGAAUCAGAUUGCUACGAACUGUCAGCUACUCAAGACAAUGGACAUCUCAAAGAUGGCUCCUGGUGAUGCUUCAUUCUCCGUGCCUUUUAAGCUUGUAGCUGCUCGUGACGAUUUUAUUCAUGCCCUUGUUGCAUAUUUUGAUGUAACAUUUACAAUGUGUCAUAAGUUAAUGGGCUUCUCUACAGGGCCAAGAUCGCGAGGUACACAUUGGAAGCAAACAGUCCUAUAUCUGGAAGAUAUCUUGACCGUAUGUGAGGGGGAGGCAAUUGUAGGGAGUCUAACUGUGGCUCCAAAUAAGAAAAAUCCUCGGGAUGUUGAUAUAAUGCUCAAGUAUUCAUUCAAUGGCAAGCGAUGCAAUGUUUCAAAGGUUCAGCAUUACAAGAUGCGUUGAGCCUAGUUUAUUGGAUCAUGCUUGCCCAGUGCUCUCCAAAUCUGAGAUUUUGAAGCUGCUGAUGAAGGACUGUAACUUGUUCACUAUUUUAUUUGAAUUCUUUUUCAUAUUUGCUCAAUUCUGUUUUUGGAUGUAAUGACGAAAUUUUAAUUUCUAUUGUUCACUAUUUAUUGUUUCUCCUUUUACGGAGGAUGAUUUCAACAAAUAGAUUUCCUUAAUUAGCAAGUAUCUGAGUUUGCCA